UUUUCGUCUUCUUCACAAUUAAAAAGAAAUUCAAAAAUAUUUUUUUAAAAAAGUUAGAACCGAACUUGACUUGCAUGUUGGAGUUGUAUAAAUAUAGCAGAGAUUCCAAUCCAUUAACAGUCAUCAAAGUCUGGUCUUUUCUUCUUCAACCUUUUGGAUUCCUAAAUCGUCUAAGAAUAACAAUUUCUAAAGAUAAUACUCUUUAACGAGAGAAAACCAAAAAAGAAAACAAUUUUAGAAAUUCCUAAUUACAAAAAAAAAAAAACACAAACCUCUGUGUUCCUGUUUCUCCGGAUUCUCCCCGGCUCUGUGCUUUUCCAUCUCCUCUCGGAGAUGUUACUCUUCUUCCCUCUUUUGUGUUCUUUUUGUUUUCUGGGAGAGAUUUUUAUGAAGCUUUGAGUUUUUAUUUUUAUUUUUCUUCAAAGCUUCCCACAGGGAAUCCCAAAGGACGAAAAUUUCUCGGAGCUAUGGCUGUUGAAGAGAUGGAGAAACAGAUCAAAGGAAGCCACGAGAAGUCAGAGACGGAGAACAACGACUUAGGCAUCGAGGAUCCGUCGCCAAGAUGCGUGCUUGAAAUUCCGGUAACGAGUUCAGAUUCCGAUAACAGCAGCAGCAGCAGCAGUUGUAGCUCGUGCUCGCCUGAUAAAUCAUCGUCGCCAUUAUCGACGGCUCCUACGAACGGUCGUCAAUGGAACAAGAUGAUCGAGUCUAUCAAGAAGAAGUCCAUAAGGAGAUUCUCAGUCAUCCCUCUCCUCGCGAGCUACGAGCUCACCCGCAAAAACAUGCGGCGGAAACAGCCCAAGCUAUCUCCGGCGUCGGAAAACGAAAUCGACUGCGAUCAAAUCCUCAUCGCUAAACCCUCCUGGCGGAAUUUUACCUACGAAGAGCUCGUCGCCGCCACCGACAGUUUCAAUCCCGAGAAUAUGAUUGGGAAAGGAGGACAUGCGGAGGUGUACAAAGGGGUUUUACCAGACGGGGAGACGGUGGCGAUCAAGAAGCUGACGAGACACGCCAAGGAGGAAGAAGAGAGAGUCAGCGACUUCUUGUCGGAGCUUGGGAUAAUCGCACACGUCAACCACCCAAACGCAGCUAGGCUUCGCGGUUUCAGCAGCGACCGCGGUUUGCAUUUUGUGCUCGAAUACUCUCCUCAUGGCAGCCUCUCGUCUCUACUCUUUGGAUCUGAUGAGUGUUUGGAUUGGAAGAAACGGUAUAAAGUGGCUCUGGGUAUAGCUGAUGGUUUGAGUUAUCUUCACAACGAUUGCCCUCGACGGAUCAUUCACCGUGACAUCAAAGCUUCCAACAUUUUGCUCAGUCAAGAUUACGAAGCUCAGAUAUCGGAUUUUGGACUCGCUAAGUGGCUCCCAGAGAAUUGGCCUCAUCACAUUGUUUUCCCCAUCGAAGGCACAUUCGGAUAUCUAGCUCCAGAGUACUUUAUGCACGGGAUUGUUGAUGAGAAGACGGAUGUGUUUGCGUUUGGGGUAUUGCUUCUAGAGAUCAUAACUGGUCGGAGAGCUGUCGAUACAGCUAGCAGGCAAAGCAUUGUGAUGUGGGCGAAACCGCUUCUGGAGAAGAACAGCGUGCAAGAAAUAGUUGAUCCUAAGCUAGAAGGUGACUUUGACGAAACCGAGAUGAAAAGGGUGAUGCAAACCGCUUCGAUGUGCAUACACCAUGUAGCCAAUAUGCGUCCUGAUAUGAACCGGUUGGCGCAGCUUUUGCGUGGAGAUGACCGGUUAGCUGAGCUGCAACAGAAACCAUGCGGAGCAAGAACAGUGAGUCUCGACGAUUGUGACCUACAAGAUCACACCUCUUCCUCGUACCUUAACGAUCUCACUCGGCAUAGACAACUCUUGAUGGAGUGAAGCGAUCUGAUGAAAGGAAAGUGAACCCUUUAAAACAAGAACAACAACAAAACAAAAAACGUUUCCUUUUUCCCUUUUUCGUGCAUGUGAAUUUUUGUUUCAUCUUCUCCAUUGUAAAAAUCUCCAAAGGAGGGAUAAUGUUGUAUGUAUAAUUUGCCUCUAGCCUCAGCUUAUGCUUUUCUCUAUCUCUGUUUUCUUCAUGUGAGUUUCGAAAUCCGGAUGAUUAAAUCUAAAGAUCAACUUUGUAAUCUCUGAAUAGGUAAAAAAUAUUAGUUUUCUUUGUAACAUGAAUUUAUUUUAAAAGUAAAUGGUGAAAAACAAAGUAUAUAGUCUCAUUGGUUUAGUCUUCUGAGAUUCACAGAAAGCAAAAAAAGAAAAAAGAUGGAAACAGAAACAAUCAUACAAGGAGCAAUUUUGCUAAUAACCUUCGUUGUGUUCUGGGCGAUGAAGUAUCUCUCUCAACAAGGCUUAACCAAGUUCCGAAGCAAACACCGAGCCACACUCCAAACGCAGCGUAAGCUAAUCCAAGCCUCUCGCCUCCUCGCUCGGGCUCGAAGCACCCCUAAGAAAUCCCAAUCUCAAUCUCUCGCCAAGACGGCGCUCACCGAAGCCGACACUGUCAUCGCGAUUUCUCCAGACGAUGCCGCCGGCCACAUCGUCCGCGCCCUAGCCCUAGAUCUGCUCGGCCACCACACCGCCGCUCUCAAAUCGUUUGAUACGGCGCUGACUUAUCCGCGACUGAAGUCUCUUUCGGCGGGAGAACGCGCAGAUGCGCUUGUGAAGAGAGCUGAGAUGAAGCUUGCUGUGAAUCGGCGACGGAGGAAUGAUUCUGCGAUCGAGGAUCUGGAAGAGGCGAUGAGGCUCGCCGCCGGCACAGACACGGCGAGAAUAUUCCGUCUACUGGGAGAGUGUUAUGAGUACAGGGGCUUCAAAGAAAAGGCCCAGUGGGCUCUUAACGAAGCAUUAAAAGCCCAACAGACUAAGGACCAGACUAGUUCGUAGCUUUUUUCUUGCAACUUCUUAGAUUUCACUUUGUAACCUGCUAUUUUUGAUUAUUUUCGGUUCGUGACUAUUGAUUAGGAAUCUUCCCAUUGGUGACCCUAAACUAUUUAUAUGUACUGUGUGCA